AUGUAUAAGGAUGAUGGUGAGUACAAUAAGUCGGAGGAAUUGGGAACAAAGAGAAGAAAAAUAAUCAAGGAUGAUGAGCACAACUUGGAAUUGGUGGCGGCGGAGGAGGAGGACCAAAUCAGUAAGUUGCCACAUGAAGUUGUUGUUAGUAUAGUGUCACUAUUGACCCUAAAGGAAGCGGCAGCUACUAGUAUCCUUUUUAGGCGAUGGCGGUAUGUCUGGGCAUCUACUACGACUCUCAAUUUCGAAGCUGUUAACUUUGAGGACCGCAACACUUUAGACUACUUCUAUCGACUUGAUGAAGAUAUACUGAACCAAGAAGGCCGUAAGUACGUCAAUUGGGUGAAUCGGGUGUUGGAGCAGCAUAGAGGCCAAAGCAUUGAACGUUUCCGGGUUAUCUUUUUUCUAGACAAGGGCUUUACAAGUGACAUUGAUAAAUGGAUUCAAUUUGCAAUGGAAAAGAGAGUUCAAGUACUUCAGUUGGACUUGUUGGCAGAAUGGGUGAAUUACAGUCCACAUGACUAUGCGUUUCCCUACAAACUAUUGGGUUUCAAGUCCCUCAAAGUUAUUCGUUUUCGACAUGUUGCUGUGACCGGGGAACUUGUUGAGUUUUUAUUGUCCAACUGUCCACUUCUUGAGCGAGUAUCUCUAACUAUAGCUCGAGAUUUAACUCAUUUGAGAGUUGUUAGUCCCUCGAUCGCAUUGAAAUAUUUGGAGAUAAAAUAUUGUCAACAACUCGAAAACAUUGAGAUUUCUAACGCAAACAUUGUCUCAUUUGUUUUCUGUGGAUUUUUGGUACCAUUGCAUCUCAAGAAUGUACCGCGGCUUGUUGAGGUAGCCAUUAACAAGUUAGGCAAUUAUUAUAGUGAAUUCAUAAGGUUUGCUUUCAGCCAACUUUCACCCUGUCUUUCUCAUCUAGAGAUUUUGAAGCUGGAUAUCAGAGAAGCGGUGUACAAUCCGAAUCAUGUAUUUCCCAUACUAGCAAAUCUGAAGCAUUUGCAAUUAUUAGUCGAUGCAGACCACUAUUUGUCCCUUGGUCGGUUAGCUUCUUUCAUGAAGGCAGCUCCUUACAUGCGGACACUAAAUUUGGGGUUGGGUAUGGGAACACCCGAUUGGAAGACAGCAAUAAUAGAGAAAGCUACUGCCAAAUGCCCCCAUCACUACCUCAAGGAAGUAGAAAUAUCAGGGUACCGUGGCUACGAAUGUUAUGUUGAACAUGUCAUGUACUUGAAAAUGAAUGUUGUUGCAUUGGAGAAGAUUAUUAUAAAUCCUUUCCGGUUUUGGUGUUGGCCUACUGGAAACGAGAGCAAUGGCCUAGAAGUCAAUGAGGAAGAGGAUGCAAGAGAUCAUGCUAUCCGAUACCUUCAACAAAACUGCCCUCUACCAUACAAUAUGUAUGCCUCUAGCUACAAGUCAGUGAGGAAGAUGAUGCAAAAGCUCAGAUCAUGCUAUUAA